GGAGGGGCCAGGAAACGGCGAGGUAUUUAUUUGUGCAGUUUUAGACUCAAUUGGCGCAUUCCCACUCCUUUUGUCUCCUCCAACUCCAGCUUCAACAAAAACAAAACUCGAACUCGACGACUUCGACGCCAUUUCUCAGGGUAACCAUCAAAGAAUUGUCAAGAACAAACCCUCCAACCGUCACAAUGUCUAAGAUCAACACCCUCCUCCUCGACUGCGACAACACGCUUGUCCUGUCCGAGGAACUCGCCUUCGAGGGCUGCGCCGACCUGAUCAACGAGAUCGCCGCGGCCAAGAAGGUGCCCCUCGACCAGCCCUUCACGGGCGAGUCGCUCAUCAUCGAGUUCGUCGGCCAGAACUUCCGCGGCAUGAUGGUGUCGCUGCAGAAGCGCUUCGGCUUCACCAUGACCGACGAGGAGCUCGACGGGUACGUGCUCCGCGAGGAGGACGUCGUCAUCGCCAAGCUCAAGGAGAAGCUCGUGUCGUGCCCCGGCGCCGACGACGUGCUCGCCAAGCUGGCCGCCUCGGGCAAGUACAAGCUCGCCGUCGUCAGCAGCUCCGCCCUGCGCCGCGUCAAGGCCAGCGUCGAAAAGGUCGGCCAGUCCAAGUACUUUGGGACCGACGUCUACUCCGCCGCCACCAGCCUGCCCAAGCCCACCAGCAAGCCCGACCCGGCCAUCUACCUGCACGCCAUGGAGAAGCUCGGCAAGAAGGCCGAGGAGUGCGUCGCCGUCGAGGACAGCAAGAGUGGGACCCUCAGCGGCGCCCGCGCCGGCCUCAAGGUCAUCGGCUACGUCGGCCCCUACAAGGAGGCCGAGAGGGCGAAGAUGGUGAAGGUCUUGACCGAGGCCGGUGCCGUCAUCAUUAUGGAGGACUGGACCGAGUUCGAGGCGUGCUUGGCCAAGGUCGAGCGCGGUGAGGUUUAGACUGUUGGUGAUAAUUCCUAGUGGGUGGUGUGUGCUUAGAGACGCUCUCUCGGGGUCUUGGAGGAAGCUUUCGGUUUACAUGUUGGGUCAUAGCAUACAUCAUAGAUAUAGCGCAGAGUUUGGGGUAAUCAUUUUUUAUUUAUUCUCAUUUUCGCCAGUCCAUCAAGAAGCUGUUUACGCUCUGCAGUGUUGCUCUGCUGGGGUUGGCCUCGGGGAGCGU